GCUGCAUCAGCAGGCAGGUUCAGGCAGGCCAUCAGAACUUGGCAAGUCAAAAGUUAACAUUAGGCUCUAACAUUAACACAACAACUCGCCAUCCAGAUCCUGCGAUUCAGUCCUGCGACUCACAUCGAACCGACCGAAUCAUUAUUGCCGAACCGAGAAACGCACACACAUCAGAUCGCUCCGGGCUUUCGAUUACGUCUCAGGCAAGCAGGACAGCAGAUUCCGACUGCACAACGUUGUCGACAUUCCUCCGACAGCUGUCCCUUCAUUCAUCAUCGUCUGUCCGUCCGUGGCACCGGCACAUGCUCUGACCAUGGAUCGGGAUCGGAACCAGCAGCCUGAUGGGCUUGGCCCCCGCCAUGACCCGGCGUCGAGGAUACAGAAGACCGAGUCGGCUGCCGACCGAAUGGCGGCGCUCAAGGCCCGUGUCGCGGCAGCUGUGAGCAGCGCGAAGGCCAAGGGAGGCCUCAACACGCCUCUUCAUCCCGCGCUUGCCGACCUCAGCGCCCCGCUCAAACCAGCCGACUCGCUCCGAGCAGCCGUGGGCCAGCGAUCAGCCCAAGAUGCUGCUAAGGCUGCCAGGGGGAAACCGCCGGGACUUUCGACGACCGCGUCCGGCGGUCCCCGGGAAAAUCCAUACAUUGACACGAGCAACGCGCCUGCUGGUAAGGCCAGAGUCUCCAGGCAGCUGGUCUUCAACCAGAAGGGCAAAUACAUCCAGCAAGCCAACGCUUUGCGGAGACAAGCCGCAUUGGAGGAGAUGAAGAAGAGGAUCGCGGAACAGGCCCGAAAGGCGGGUCUGGAGGAGGAUCGGGACGUCGAGAAAGCGUUUGUGGUUGAGGCGCCGCCAGGCCUGGAGUGGUGGGAUGAAGGGUUAAUUGACGGGAAAGACUACAGCAACAUCCCGCAGUCCAUGAAGCUCACAACACCAGAUAGCAUCGUCACGCUAUACAUCCAGCAUCCUGUCGCGAUUGAGCCGCCGCAGGACAAGCUCGCUCCGGAGCCUAAGCCUAUGUACCUGACGCCAAAGGAGCAGCAGAAGCUCCGGCGGCAGCGGCGCAUGAUGGAGCUGAAGGAGAAGCAGGCCAAGAUCAGGCUCGGCCUCGAGCCGGCGCCGCCGCCGAAGGUCAAGAAGUCCAACCUGAUGCGCGUCCUCGGCGAAGAGGCGGUCAAGGACCCGACGGCCGUCGAAGCGCGCGUCAACCGCGAGAUCGCGGCGCGCUUCGAGAAGCACAUGCAGGCCAACGAGGAGCGCAAGCUGACCAAGGAGCAACGGCGCGAGAAGCUUGCGGCGAAUCAGGCCAAGGACGCGGCCAAGGGCAUCCACCUGCUGGUGUUCAAGAUCGGCAGCCUCGCCAACGGGCAGCACCGCUACAAGAUCAGCAUCAACGCAACGCAGCUCGGCCUCAGCGGCGUGUGCAUCAUGCACCCCAGGUUCAACCUCGUCAUCGUCGAGGGCGGCGAGCACAGCAUCAACAACUACAAGAAGCUCAUGCUGCGCCGCAUCGACUGGACCGAGUCCCUGCCCUCGCGCGAGAGGGAUGCGGGCCCGGCCGCUGGGACGGGAGGCCAGGGCGCCGCGGUGAAGGAGUGGCUCAAGGCGGAGGACGAAAAGGGGCAGCUGAAGGACCUGUCGGCGAACAAGUGCGUGCUCGUGUUCGAGGGCGAGGUCAAGGCGCCCAUGUUUAAGAAAUGGGGCAGCAAGGUCUGCGAGACGGACCAGGAAGCGAGAGAGUUCCUUGCCCAGCGGAAGAUGGAGAGCUUUUGGACGCAAGCCAAGAACACUCCGCUGUGAGGCAGAGGUCCUGCAAUGGACAGCCUCCCGGCGCUGGAGAAUCUACUGUACUGUGUAUGACUUACAGCCCGGAAGGGGUAGCAGUCGGCGAGUUUGCAGCAACUAUUGAAUGCAGCUUCUGGUCCUGCCGUCAACCUGUUCGUUCUCUCCUUCCUGAGAUGAAUAUCGGCCUCGCUCUCCAGUUUUUGUAAUUUGUCGUCGGGGGCUGAUAGACACACCCCGUUCAUCCAAGCUUAGGUACGUAGGCCGUAGACGAGAUAGAUGCAGCCGCUGGCAUGCCCGCUUCGCUUUCUUGCGUUAGCCGGCCUCCCUCCUGCCACGGGUCCUACAUGUGUAUGUACAUACAUGGCAGAUCUUGCGAAUUACGA